GAGAGCCGCCUUACCGGGAGGCCGGCGGGCGUUUAAGGGAGCCGGUGUUUCGUCUCGAUUUCUGCCGUCACGAUGGGCCGCAGCGUUCUCUCAUCGGUGUGUCCGCCGCCCGCCCUCCCCUUCACGUGUCUUCAGGGUGGACCAAGGGCUCUGACGGUUGUCGAGUCACUGCCCGGCAGUGUCUGCCCCUGCGAGUUUGGACUUAGUUUCCAAACGGCGGUAGCAGAAGUGAAACUUCGAGAUGAUCAAUAUACCCUUGACCACAUGCGUGCUUUUGGCAUGUAUAAUUAUCUUCACCUUGAUUCCUGGUACCAGGAUAAUGUCUACUAUGUUGAUCAGUUUGGAAGGGUUAUGAAUCUGUCAGUGACUCUGGAUACUGCUCUACAAAAGCCAAGAGAAGUUUUCAGGCUACCUACAGACUUGACAGCUUAUGAUAAUCGCCUUUGUGCCUCAGUACACUUCUCAUCUUCUACAUGGGUUACCCUUUCUGAUGGUACAGGAAGACUGUAUUUAAUUAAAUCAGGCAAGCGUGGAAACAGUGCAUCUGAAAAAUGGGAGAUUGUUUUUAAUGAAGAGCUAGGAAGUCCAUUUAUUAUAGCACACAGUGUUUCAUUUGUAAAAUCUGAUAAGCAUUCAGUAGCUGUGCUGCUGCUUAGGGUAGAAAAAGAUGAAUUGGACACAAAAGGAAGUGGAUUUCAUAUUACCUUGGAAUGGGUUACAAUUGCAGAGAUAAGCAAAGAGGGAGAUCAUAGAUAUGACAUCUUUAAAAGGAGAGUUUUACAAGGAAAAUCAGUCCCCCAUUAUGCAGCAAUAGAGCCGAGUGGGGAUGGCCUAAUGAUUGUUUCCUACAAACCAUUCAAAUUUAUGCAAGAUGAAGAUGAUAAAUUAGAAGAAAAUGAUGAUGCAAAAGCAACAAAUGAAAAGAAAGACCCACUCUAUUACUGGCAGCAGACUGAAGAUGAUGUGACAAUAACAGUUCGCAUUCCUCAAGACAUCACUAAGGAUGACAUAAAAGUACGCUUUUCUCCUGGUAAUAUAUGUGUUACACUGAAAGACCAACCUCCUUUGAUGGAAGGAAAACUCUAUUCAUCUGUGGACCAUGAAAGCUGCACAUGGAUAAUUAGAGAGAACCAAAGUUUGGAAAUUUCUCUAAUUAAGAAGAAUGAGGGACCCCGGUGGCCAGAGCUAAUAGUUGGUGACACAAGAGGGGAAUUCAUUAUGGACUCUUCCCAGUGCUCUGAAAUAACUGAAAGCCUGAUGCAUCUUACCUCUGAAGUAAUGAAUCCAAACCCUGAAAAGGAAAACCCACCUUGUAAUGCUCAAGAAUUAGAAGAAUGUGAUGCUUUUCUUGAAGAUAGCGCAAGCUUGUGCAGAUUUGAUGGUGAUACGUUGAAAGUCACUCAUGUAAUUAAUCUUGGAAGCAACCAGUAUCUUUUCUCAGUUGUUGUGGAUCCCAAAGAAAUGCCAUGCUUCUGCCUGAGGCAUGAUGUUGAUGCUCUUCUCUGGCAGCCCCACUCUGACCAACCAGAGAACAUGUGGGAACACAUUGCAACUUUUAAUGCUUUAGGUUAUGUCCAAGCAUCAAAGCAAGACAAGAAGUUUAUGGCUUGUGCUCCAGAUUACUCCUAUGCUGCUCUUUGUGAGUGCUUGCGACGAGUUUUCAUCUAUCGUCAGCCGACUCCUCUGUCCACAGUUCUCUACAACAGGAAGGAAGGAAGACAAGUAGGACAGGUUGCUAAGCAGCUAGUAGCAACCUUGGAAGCCAAUGAUCCUAUCUUAGGCUUUCAAGCUACAAAUGAGAGAUUAUUUGUUCUCACAACAAAAACCUUGUUUUUAAUAAAGGUGAACUCUGGAAAUUAAUUAUACAAUAUAUUCUGCUGUAGUUUGUGUUAACAAUUUGUUAAAGAACUGGUUAGGUAAAUGAUCUGAGAAGUUCAGUACAAUUUCCUGAAGUUUAAAAAGGAGAUAUCUUACAGGGGCAUCAAAAUUUUUCAUUAGAAUUUGUCUGUAAGAGAAAGUUUUUCAACUUUGCUGUCACUGAAGCAAGCUUUUUCAGAGCUAUGGGAAAAUGUCUUCUGCAUUAACAGCUUUCUCAAAGCAAUUGUCAGAGGCUGCCUUUGCAUAGGUGAAUAGAUUUAUGCAUUGUUUUUUCCAAAUGACUGUGUUUGCCAUCCUUCUGAGUUUCUAGAGUUCAUUUCUGUUUUUAAAUGCCACUGUUUACAUGUGAAAGAAGUAGUCAGAUAAAGAAAAUAAAGCUUUGAGUUACAAGCAUAUGAUGUGCAAAGUAGUGUGUAUCACAAAAAAAAAGAAAAAUCCCAAAUUCAAAUACUGUUGGCAAAAAAAGUGACUUAAUAUUUCAAUAUUCAGUAGUAUUGAGUGAAAUGUGAAUGGUAUGAAUGGAGUAUUAUGUUCCUCAUCCAGGUAAUUAAUUCAAGUGGAAUAAUUUCAUUGUAUAUGCAGAUUUUAGAUGAUUGAUUUCGGACUUACUCAUGCUUGCAGUGAAAUCUGUUCACAUUUUCAGAGACACUAGAACAGCUUUUAGCAGCUUUUUCCUGAAGCAAAGUAAGGGUCAAUGUAUAGCUGGUGAUUAAAUAUUGAAUGGUGUUAGUCAAGGUCUGGUUAUUUUCAGUUGUGUCAUUUUCAUUUGACAUUGUACUUCAUUUCAAGUGACUAAUUUAUAAUUGGAAAAUGGCUAAUAGAAAAAGCACCUGUAUUGUAACCUGAGAUGGGAAACUCAGAAGUGCCGCUUCUGCCUCAGAUACUACUGUAUAUGCUGUGUUAUUAGGUAACCAUUCUGUCUGUGAUGUACAAGUCCGAAUGUGGUGUAUUUGCAAUGUAAGAGUACACAGCCCAUGAGGAUGCUUCAGUUUAACAAACUGGCAUGGUUGAUUGUAUUGAAUAGUUGUAUCUGAAGAUUUUUGUUUCUUAUUUUAAAUUGACAUUGUCAAUACAGUUAAACCAAAAAGGGGUCAGUUGUGACAGCUCCAC